UUCGAAGAACUAGCUCAUUUCAGAUUUCUUACAGUUGAAAAUUCAAUAACUACUCAGUUUAUGCACUUUAUUCUAUACAAAACGAAAUAUAGACUGUAAUCAGUUCUUGUAAAGAAAGCAAACAGAAAAGAAAAUGCGCGCUGCCUCGUGAUUGUAAUUCCCGCCAAUAUAAACAAAUUGAUAAACAUAUGUGGAUGGUUGAGGUUAAGUCUGAAAUCCAAUGGUACUUUUUAUUCAUUCAUUCGUUAUCUUGCUUUUGUAAUGCAGCUGGAAUUUCCUGCUAUAAAGGAUACCAUAAAAAUGUCUGAAUGGAAGACUAUGGAAGAUAUAGAAAGAGAUCUCUUCGAAUAUUCACAAUUAGAAUACCCAGGUAGUUCUCUCACUAUUGCACCGCCUAAAUCAAUUGCUGAAUAUAGAGCAAGAACCACGACAUCUCGAAAUCCAGGAAUAUUUGAUGAUCGUCCUGAGAGAAGGGAAAUUUUCAUUAGUGGACGUGGUAAACACCAUCCUGGUACUAUCAUUAUACCAGGACAACCAGUUGUUUCAACCCCAGAGGAAGAUAUGGAUCUCAGGAGAAAAAUUAGAGAGGUUUCAGGCUUGGGGUAUGGUAAUGAGCUCACAGAAAGUUUGUGCAGGCAAGAAGUCUCUUCAGAAGAAGAAGAAAGCAAUACUGGAUUUGUUCUACCAAAUCUCAAGUUACGUCCUUCUAAACCCAAUACAAUUCAAAAAAAAAAUGUUUCUCCCAGGAAAAGUCCAAAACUAGAAGCAGCCGAGAGCAAAAAAAAAUAUAUGAAAAAAGAAUUGAAUGAAAUGAAAGCUCUAACUGCAGCACAGAAGAUUGAGAAAAAUGAACAUGAAACAAGUGAAAAUGUUGAAGAAAAUAGUGAAUUUCCAGCCAAAAGGUAAUGUUUUAGAUGAAACUUAAAUUGUUUUUUAUCUUUGAUGUUCUAAAAUUAUUUUCAUAAUAUAAAAAUAUUGUCGUAUGUAUUUAAUAAGUGAAUUUAUUGUUAGUAAAUCCAUUGUUGAUAUCUUUUUUCUGUAUUAUUCCUCAAUACCAUAUAUUUGUUUUGGCGUUGUUUUUCCUGUUUUCAAAUAGUUUCCACUGGGAAGUACUUUGUUACUAUUAUAUAUUAUUAUUAUGUUUCAAAAUAUUA